UCCUGCUCUUACCAGAAAUCAGAAAAAGGUUUGGUAAUCAUAUCAUAAUUAUGAGUGAGACCAGAGAAUAUAAAAGUGGCGUUUCAUCGCGAUGGCCGACGCCCUGCGCAGCUUGCAAGGUGCUCAAAAGACGGUGUUCAAGUUCAUGCAUUCUAGCCCCUUCUUUCCCACCAAAAGAUGCACAAAGAUUUAUCGCUGUGCACAAAAUAUUUCCCAGAACAAAUAUGAUAAGGAUGUUGCAGGGAAUUCCAGAGGAGAAGAGAGCUUUGGCGGUGGAUAGUAUGGUAUACGAGGCGAAUGCUCGAUUGAAGGAUCCCGUGUAUGGUUGCACUGGUAUCAUUUGCAUAUUGCAGCAGCAGAUCUUACGAAUGGAGGGAGAAUUGGCUAACAUCAAAGCACUCUUGAUCAACUCUAGGCAGUUGCAAUUGAAUAAAAACCCAUUGCCACCAACGUCUAAUCUACCAGAGAAUACAGACGAGCUCUGCGCAGAUUUGUCAGAGUUGUUCUCAACAGAAAUGUCACUGGACCAUCUCUUAGCUUGGGAAUGAUGAUCCCUGAUUAGGAGAAUACUAAAUGUUGUAGUUGCAUGUUUGGUUUGAGGAUGAAUUUGUAGAUUUGUUGUUAUAUUAAAAUCGGUAGGUGGUGGUGAAUUUUCAAAUCAGUAUUUUCAUCUAGAGAAAAAUUCUUCUUCUAACAAAAUUA